UAUUCAUGAGAUAUUCUCUCGACGCGCACGAACAAUCACCGACACCAUUGCCGCCAGCCACCUCGGGGCCGCUCUAACCUACCGGCAGCUUGGCGAGACUUCCGAUGUGAUGGCAUGCGACUUAUGCAAGAACGGCGUAACGAGAGGUUCGAGAGUCUGUGUUCUCAUUCGGCGCUCGCUGGAGAUGCUCGUCGGGAUUUUUGGCAUCCUCAAGUCGGGCGCAUCGUACGUCCCAAUAGAUGGCGGGGCCAUCACUGACCAAACACUCGGCUAUGUAUUGAAAGACUCUAGCGCAGCUCUUGUCUUCUGCAUGCCCGCGUUCUUCCAUCGUGUUCCCGAAGGAGCGGAAAUUUCGCGCCUAGAGGAUUUUAUGCUCGCCACCGUGACUAGCUAUCGCACGGUAUAGGAGUGCGAGUCGACCCAUUCCUCGAGGAGGGUUCCUAUUCCGACGAGGCCUACGUGAUCUGUACUUCGUGUCUGUUGUCGUACUUAGCGCAUAUGUCCCUUGUUGAACGUAGCCGUAGACACCACUCGCAUGCCCAAGGGCGUGAGCAUAUCUCAUGGGAAUGUGACAAAUCUGCUGUGCACCGACUCUGGUAACCUCAGCAUCUGCCCUGGAACCAAGGUAUCGCAGCUGUUCAGGAGCUGCCUGCUCAACGGUGGGACGCUUAUCGUGCGGGGCCCGAGCAAGCCGGAUUGGGAGACCGCGCUUCGACCCGUGCACGUCGUGAUCGCAACGCCUACAAUCUUUCAGUGCUACCGCGCCGUAGACCAUCCAGCCAUCCGUAUUGUCGCAACCGCAGGAGAACCGUGCCCGCGAGCACUCGCAGAUGAAUGGUCUGUGAGGAAGACAUUCUUCAACUGUUGUGGACCUACGGAGACUGCAAUUGUCAGUAUGACGCAUUGCGUCAAGCGCGGGACAUCUCUCUCCAUAGGCACCCCAGUUCCCAACACUCGUGUCUACACCCUUGACGAAGAGUUUCGGCCACUACCGUUGGGCUGCGCGCCUGCGUGUCAUUGGGCUACUUAAAUAAGCCAGAGCUAAACCGGCCGCCGGGGCGGCAGCAGUAUCGCCGCGAUCCGUUCUCCGACGGCGGGUGUGCAUUUUCCGUUCAUUCUUGUAUAGUGCUCUGAAAUAUGCGCACCAGGCUCAUGUUUAACACCGGUAAUCUCGGGCGUUGGAAUCAACAUGGUGAGCUCAAGCAUUUUGGUCGGCUGGACGACCAAAGGUCAAGG